AUGGCGGAACGCGGCGCCCCCCGCGCCCCCGGGCCCGGAGCCCCGGGCCCCCCGGGGGCCCCGCCCCCCCCGGCCCGGGGCGCCCCGGGACCCCCGCCCGGGCCCGUGCACAUGAACCUGUUCGCCACCUGGGAGGUGGAUCGGAGCUCGCCCAGCUGCGUGCCCAGGCUGUUCAGCCUCACCCUGCGGCGCCUGGCGCUGCUCAGGGAGGUGCCCAAGGACCGCGGCUCCGUGGUGAUCGCUGUCAAACUGCAGGGCUCCAAGCGGAUCCUGCGCUCCAACGAGAUCCCGCUGCCCCCCGGGGGCCCCCCCGAGACCGAGCUGCAGCUCACCUUCUCCCUGCAGUACGGGCAUUUCCUGAAGCGCGACACGAACCGGCUGCAGGUGAUGCUGCAGCGCCGCAAGCGCUCCAAGCACCGCCCCUUCCUGGGCUACAAAACGCUCGCGGUGGGGCUGAUCAACCUGGCCGAGGUGCUGCAGCUGCCCAGCGAGGCCGGGCCCCCCCAGGCCCUGGUGCUGCACCGCGCGCUCACCGAGCCGCUGCCCGUGGCCGAGGUCGGCGUGGUCGCGCUCUCGAGCCAGCCCGUGGAGCCCGAGGGGAAAAGCAAAGGAGCGGAUCGCUCCCCGGACCUGGACCAGGACUCGGAGGAGGAUGAGGAGAGUUUCUCCUCGGAGCCCGAGGGCAGCGAUGACGCUCUGCCCGGCCAGGACCUGUUCGAUGAGGAGGAGGAGCUGCCCAAGGGGAAGAAGCCGAGGAGGAAGGGCCCGGGGGGCGCCAGGCACCCCAACAUCAAACAGAAAUUUGUGGCGCUGCUGAAACGGUUCCGGGUGUCUGAGGAGGGUGGCUUUGGCCUGGAGCACGUGUCCCCGGCCGUGGCCGAGGACCUGGACGCUCUCUACGAUUCCCUGGAGAUUUUCAACCCCAGCGACAGCGGCGCCGACCUGGACGACACCGACAGCGUCCUGAGCACCCCCAAACCGCGGCUCAGGCCGUUCUUCGAGGGUCUCUCCCAGUCGAGCUCCCAGACCGAGAUGGGAACCGAGAGCCCGGCCCCGGCAGAGCCGGGGCCCCGCAGUGGCCGCAGAGCCCCCGAGGAGGGGCCGGAGCCCGAGGGGCUGGACCCCCGGGGGGACCCCGAGCCCCCGGCAGAGCCCGGGGGGGGCCCCGAAAAGCUGAGGACGCCCCUGAAGGGGAGCAAGGGGGAGGCGGCGUCACCCCGGCCGGAGUCGGGGGCCCCCCCGGGCCGGGGGCGCAGGGGAACCCCCCAGAGGGAGCCGGGGCUGCCCCGGGGGGGCCCCGGCGAGAGGAGCCCCGAGGGAGAGAAACCCCCCGAGGGACCCCCCCCCGGCCAGGGCCCCCGCCGCGCGCUCUGGGAGCAGCUGGGGGCGGCGCUGGGCCCCGAGCCGGGGCUGCCCGAGAGCGUCGUGCUGGUCAGCGCCGGGGAGUGGCAGGGCCAGUGGGUGUCGGAGCUGCUCCAGGCCCAGGGCGUGGCCGUGGUGGCCACGGCGGGGGGGGCGGAGCUGCAGGCGGCGCUCGGGGCCAUCCUGAGCCGGAUCCAGCGGCUGUGUCACCUGUCGCCGCUGCCCCCCCGGGUGCUGAAGGUGGCGGCCGUGGGCGGGGCCGGGUACCACGGGAGCCUCCUGAGGAGCUUCGUGCGGCACCUGGGCACACCUGGGGCACACCUGGGCCCCCGCGGGCCCGACUGGCUCGGCCUCCUGCGCUUCCUCAUCGUGCCCCUGGGUCCCCACCCCGUGGCGCAGCACCUGGGCACCCUCGAUGGCCGCUACGGCUCCGCCUUCCUGGACCCGCCCUGGCGGGAGCUGUUCACGCGCAGCGAGCCCCCGCCCAGCGAGCCGUUCAGCGUCGCCGGGCGCAUCCUGUCCUACGUGGCGGGGGCGGCGGUGACGCUGCCACUGCCGGUGGCCGAGGCCAUGCUGACCUGCAGCGACAAAUUCCCCGACGAGGACUCGUGCCAGAAGUUCGUGCCCUUCGUGGGGGUGGUGAAGGUGGGCCUGGCCGAGGAUCCCCCCGCGCCGGGUGACGGUGACACCGAGGCGCCCCCCCCGGGCCUCGCCGUCCCCUCCACGUCCCCCCCCGCGGGGGGAGGGGCCGGGGGGGGGCCCCGCGAGGCCGCGACCCCCCGCGUCCCCCUCCAUGGCCGGGGGGGCCCCCGGGUGAGACCCCGACCCCCCCGGAAUGGGGGGAGCCCCUCGGGGGAGGCGCUGGGGCUGCAGGUCGAUUAUUGGGGAGGGGUCGCUGCCCCCCCCGAGCGGCGGCGGGGGGGGGAGGGGGAGCGGCGCGAGGGGGGGGGUCCCAAGAGCAGCCUCAGGGGCACCUUCCGCUCGCCUGUGACGCGGCUGCCCCCCCCCGGGGACCCCCCCGGGACCACCCUGGCCAUGACCCUGGUCAGCCGCGAGAAGAACAAGAAGGUGCCCGCCCUGUUCAAGCGGCCCCGCGAGCCCGACAAGAGCCGGGGGGUGGAGGGGAUCACGCGGCUGAUCUGCGCCCCCCGCCCCCCGCCCGCGCUGCUCAGCGUGACCGUGGAUGGCACCCAAUGGGACGACAUCAAAUUCUUCCAGCUGGCGGCGCAGUGGCCGUCGCACGUCAAACAUUUCCCCGUGGGGCUUUUCGGGGGGGGCAAAGCGCCCUGACCCCCACCCCCCCCCCCGGAC